CGGUACAUUGUUUGUUGUUGUUUUAGUGGGAGAAGUGGACCAGUCGACGUUUUCAACACAGAAGGGGGUUUAUAAAGUUUUUGCGUUUGGGAGACUAACAUAGACACAGUUCUGACAAGGGCAUGUAAUCUUCGUCCAAGAAGGGUGACAGGCCAGGCGCAAUAUUGAUUCCUGAAUCUAUCAGUUGUAUUAGAGAUGUCUAGCCAAUAUCAGCAAAGUGUUCCACUGGAGGUCAGGAGAGCGGAAGGGGAGAGAGUCCGCGCCAAACAUCCGGAUAAGAUUCCAAUAAUAGUGGAGAGAGCUGCAAGAUCCCGAGCUCCUGAACUUGACAAAAAGAAAUACCUUGUUCCUUCAGACCUCACAGUCGGGCAGCUUUGCUUCCUGAUCAGAAAACGGGUGUCUAUGAGGCCAGAGGAAGCUCUCUUCUUUUUUGUAAAAAAUUCCCUCCCUCCAUCCAGUUCCCCCCUGUCUGCAGUGUAUGAGGAACACCAUGAGGAAGACUUGUUCCUGUACAUGACAUACAGUAAUGAGAGCGUUUAUGGUGCCUGAGACAGAGGAUAAAAGGAUUGGAGAGAGGGAGAGGGAAAGAUGAUUGCUAAAAAAUGGAAGGAGAUAGUUUUAUAUUUUACCACAGUUAUCCCAUGUCCAAUACAUUGUUCCUUACAUGGGGCAUUGGUCUUAAGUGGGGUCUUAAAAGGGUGCUGUUGAGGGCAACUAUAAUAUGUUUAACUAAGUGGAUUUAUGAAAAUAAUGUAUUGUGUGUAAAGGAUUAAAACUACAAAGGAAGAGAGAAUCUGAAAGGUCAGAAAGACAGCUGAAUUGUGAAAACACAGUGGUAAAGCAAGAAAGUAUCAAUUUCAUCUUUCUCGCCCAGGGGCGAGUCAUUUGUAUUUAAUGCAAAUAGGAUUUUGUUAUUAUUUUUAUUAUUUUGUAAAGUAUUAUCAAUAACAUUUGGGCAUAUAAUAAAGUCUUUAAAAUGUU